AUGAAGCUCCUCCAUACAUAUUCAACUCAAAAAACCUGCCACGUCCAGCACUCUUAUUGUUUCACGCUCCUGAAAUAUACAUCAACCAUGACGCGCGAUUCCGCGGCAACCUACCUUCACAUGCACGCCUCUCACCACGCAGAUCUCCUUGAGUCCUUUACGAACAUGACCUCUUCACAACUCGCGCCCGAAAACAUUUACAUCCCACCGCAUCUCCAGCCGCUCAACCCCGAAGAUGAAGACGAUGUUGUACCGGACCAGCACGCUGCUUUUGGCAUACAGCGCGCGACACAAGCCAAGAAGGAGCCUACGUGGCGCGACUUGGGGCUAGAAGAACUUCUAAGACGAGGACCGAGGGCUGCUGAAGGCCAGAAUGCUGGUGGUGGCGCGUUAAGUAGAGGUAUGGCGGAGAGGAGAGAAGAAGAGCCGAUCAUCACCGCAUUGAGGAGACAGCCUGGGCCACAGGCUGGUGUCGUGAGGUCUGGGGGUACUGCGAGAGAUGCGCACGCCGGUGGUGGUAGUGCUGUGGGCAAUGGGCUGCCGCGAUGA